GUUUAGAGCAUGUCAAAGGUUUACGUGAAGAAAAUAUUAUAUUCAUUUUAUUUUAUUUUUUGUUUUUAUUUUUUUGACUUAUUAAUUAUUAAUAACUUUCAAAAUCAAUUAUAAAAAUUAAAGUACUUAAAGAUAAUUAAUAUAAAAGAAAAAAAAAUUAGAGUAGCUUAUAAACGUACCUACAUAUCUAUUGUCCGAAGGUAUUGAAUUUUUGGAAAAUUGAAAAGAAAGUUAUGGCGAAAUGCUUAAAAAUUGCUUAGUACAAACAACACUAAAACAAAAAUGAAUAAUAAAUAAAAAAUAAGUUAAGUAAAUUAGUAAUGAAAUUACAUUUAUUAAAAUAGCACAAAAAACUUAAAAAUAAUAAAGUAAAAAAGACAUUAAAAAAGUCAAAAGUGAUUUUAGCAGAAGUUGAAUUAAAAUGGGGGGCUGUAUUGGUCUACAAUCCAAUGAAAAUAAUGAAACUGCUAGCGUGGAAUCUACAUCUAGACCGAUAUCAGGGGGACUUACAACAGGAGGUAAUUUUGGACCGUCUAGAAAGAAUCACCCAUUGUGCCAUGAAACAAUACGUUGGCGUUCUGACGUGCCUUUAACUGAAGGACAAUUACGAUCAAAACGUGAUGAAUUUUGGGAUACAGCACCAGCAUUUGACGGACGAAAAGAGAUAUGGGAUGCCUUAAGAGCUGCAACCACAGCUGCUGAGUCACUAGAUUUUCAAUUGGCACAGGCAAUAUUAGAUGGAGCUAAUAUAUCUGUGCCUAAUGGUUACUUAACGGAAUGCUAUGAUGAAUUAGGAACGCAAUAUAAAGUUCCAAUAUAUUGUUUGUCAUAUCCAAUAAAUAUUGUUAAGGAAGAGAGUGGUAGAGAUUCACCGGCAGAAUAUUCGGAACCAGUUGAUGGUGGUACAGAAGUAUUUUUAAAAUUAAGGAUAUCCACAACUAUGACAGAUAUUAAGUUGUUAGUGUAUACAAAAGACACUAUUGGGCAGUGUAAAAGAAAAUUGCAAACCGCUGAAGGAAUUGAUUCAUGUUGUCAAAGAUGGUUUUACGGUGGUAAAUUAUUAGGUGAUAAAAUGAUGGUUGAAGAGGCACAUAUACAAAAUGGUUAUAUUGUACAAGUAAUUGUUAAUACAGAACACUAUAGCCAUGACACAAGCGCAAAUAGUUUAAAUAGCUAGCCAAGACUGCAUUUGUUUUUAUCAAUAUUCUUAAUGAAAAUAAUAUUAAGAGAAAUAAUAACAAAAUCGAAAUUUUUCAAAAUCAAUUGUAAUGAUAUUUUAUUUUUUUGUUUUUUCCAAAUUUUGAAAGAUUAGUGAAAAAAAAGGAAAGAAGCAGAAAAAUUUGAAAAAAUUAAAAAUAAUUAAUAAAUUGAAAAGUAAAGGAAACGUAUAUGCAUAUAUAUAUAUAUAUGUAUACUGAAAAUUUAAUUAAAAAACAUAUUGCAUUAUUAAAUAA